AUGACGGACGUGCAGCCACAGGAGAAGCAGACCACAACGCAGCAAGACGGAGGACACCAGGAGCAGGUGCAGCCACAGGAGAAGCAGACCACACGCAGCAAGACAGAGGACACCAGGAGCAGGUGCAGCCACAGGAGGAGCAGACCACAACGCAGCAAGACGGAGGACACCAGGAGCAGGUGCAGCCACAGGAGGAGCAGACCACACGCAGCAAGACGGAGGACACCAGGAGCAGGUGCAGCCACAGGAGGAGCAGACCACAACGCAGCAAGACAGAGGACAGCAGGAGCAGGUGCAGCCACAGGAGGAGCAGACCACAACGCAGCAAGACAGAGGACAGCAGGAGCAGGUGCAGCCACAGGAGGAGCAGACCACAACGCAGCAAGACGGAGGACACCAGGAGCAGGUGCAGCCACAGGAGGAGCAGACCACACGCAGCAAGACGGAGGACACCAGGAGCAGGUGCAGCCACAGGAGGAGCAGACCACAACGCAGCAAGACGGAGGACACCAGGAGCAGGUGCAGCCACAGGAGGAGCAGACCACACGCAGCAAGACGGAGGACACCAGGAGCAGGUGCAGCCACAGGAGGAGCAGACCACACGCAGCAAGACGGAGGACACCAGGAGCAGGUGCAGCCACAGGAGGAGCAGACCACACGCAGCAAGACGGAGGACACCAGGAGCAGGUGCAGCCACAGGAGGAGCAGACCACACGCAGCAAGACGGAGGACACCAGGAGCUGGUGCAGCCACAGGAGAAGCAGACCACACGCAGCAAGACGGAGGACACCAGGAGCAGGUGCAGCCACAGGAGGAGCAGACCACACGCAGCAAGACGGAGGACACCAGGAGCAGGUGCAGCCACAGGAGGAGCAGACCACAACGCAGCAAGACGGAGGACACCAGGAGCAGGUGCAGCCACAGGAGAAGCAGACCACAACGCAGCAAGACAGAGGACACCAGGAGCAGGUGCAGCCACAGGAGGAGCAGACCACAACGCAGCAAGACAGAGGACAGCAGGAGCAGGUGCAGCCACAGGAGGAGCAGACCACGCGCAGCAAGACGGAGGACACCAGGAGCAGCCGAGUGAAUGUGACCAUGGCUUCAGAGAGAGAGCAGAUACCAGGAACCAUCAGUGAAGAAGCAGCAGGGGGCAGCACUGAGCCAGGUGUCUGCGUCAGAACAAAAUCCUCAGUGUCCAGUGCUGUGUCCCUGAAGAGUGACCGGUCUAUGGGGAGACCACCAGACUUCAGUCUUGAAGCUGCUUCUUCAAACCCACAUGAACCGUCUCAACACGUAUCAGCAAAUCAGAGAGCUGCUGGUCUGUUGCCGCGGCAACAGGAGGGAAAGAACCAUGAAGACGAACCAUCUCCAACCAAAGUCACAGCAGCCAGAAAACAGCUGAAGAAAGUCAUGAUGAAGAGAGAGAACGUGACGUCAGACAGCAGACACACCUUCAUGAGUUUGGAGCGACACAAGGCCGUUCUCCAGACCAAGAGAGAGGACAUGGACAGAAUGGACAGCGCUGUGGCCAAAGAAGAGAAGGCUCUGCAGGCUCUGGAGGUGCAGAUCCAAGCGGAGAACCGUCUGUUUGAGGAGCAGCUGAAGGAGCACGAGAAGAAGAGUGUGGAGGCCAGGACUUUCUUUGAGCACGAGGCACGCUCCAAGCAGCAGAACAUGGUGGAGAUCAAGAGGCUGCUGUCAGAGAUCGCAACCACACAGAGAGAAGCUCCUCCCACAGACAACAGAGAAGCUCCUCCCACAGACAACAGAGAAGCUCCUCCCACAGACAACAGAGAAGCUCCUCCCACAGACAACAGAGAAGCUCCUCCCACAGACAACAGAGAAGCUCCUCCCACAGACAACAGAGAAGCUCCUCCCACAGACAACAGAGAAGCUCCUCCCACAGACAACAGAGAAGCUCCUCCCACAGACAACAGAGAAGCUCCUCCCACAGACAACAGAGAAGCUCCUCCCACAGACAACAGAGAAGCUCCUCCCACAGACAACAGAGAAGCUCCUCCCACAGACAACAGAGAAGCUCCUCCCACAGGCAACAGAGAAGCUCCUCCCACAGGCAACAGAGAAGCUCCUCCCACAGACAACAGAGAAGCUCCUCCCACAGACAACAGAGAAGCUCCUCCCACAGGCAACAGAGAAGCUCCUCCCACAGACAACAGAGAAGCUCCUCCCACAGACAACAGAGAAGCUCCUCCCACAGACAACAGAGAAGCUCCUCCCACAGACAACAGAGAAGCUCCUCCCACAGACAACAGAGAAGCUCCUCCCACAGACAACAGAGAAGCUCCUCCCACAGGCAACAGAGAAGCUCCUCCCACAGGCAACAGAGAAGCUCCUCCCACAGACAACAGAGAAGCUCCUCCCACAGACAACAGAGAAGCUCCUCCCACAGGCAACAGAGAAGCUCCUCCCACAGACAACAGAGAAGCUCCUCCCACAGACAACAGAGAAGCUCCUCCCACAGACACAAAACAGAGAAGCUCCUCCCACAGACAACAGAGAAGCUCCUCCCACAGACAACAGAGAAGCUCCUCCCACAGACAACAGAGAAGCUCCUCCCACAGGCAACAGAGAAGCUCCUCCCACAGACAACAGAGAAGCUCCUCCCACAGACAACAGAGAAGCUCCUCCCACAGACAACAGAGAAGCUCCUCCCACAGGCAACAGAGAAGCUCCUCCCACAGACAACAGAGAAGCUCCUCCCACAGACAACAGAGAAGCUCCUCCCACAGACAACAGAGAAGCUCCUCCCACAGGCAACAGAGAAGCUCCUCCCACAGACAACAGAGAAGCUCCUCCCACAGACAACAGAGAAGCUCCUCCCACAGACAACAGAGAAGCUCCUCCCACAGGCAACAGAGAAGCUCCUCCCACAGGCAACAGAGAAGCUCCUCCCACAGACAACAGAGAAGCUCCUCCCACAGACAACAGAGAAGCUCCUCCCACCGGCGUCAGGCGCGUCACUCGCGUCAAAAGCUUCAAGCACCAAAAUGA